AUGGUCAUGGACCAUCGAGGGCGCCCACUAAGACCAAUUCUGGAGGAAGCAGCUACAGCCCAAGAAAACAAAAAGCUUCAGUUGUUCCAUGAGGACGCGACGAGUCAUGAAGACUACGUGGAGUGCGUGUUCAGAAGCUUUUCAUUGUCAGUUUCAAAAGAAUCUGUUUGUGACCCAGAUGUGCUCGAUUGCAGCAAUAAUUCGAACGACUUUCAAUUCCAAGAGGGGAAACCAGAGCCUCCUAGAAGAUCUUAUGAUGUAUUGCUUUUCUCAUCACAUGAAAAACAGAACUCAGUUGACGACGAGAAGCUCCAGGAGUUUUCGUCAGAUGGACCACAAAACUCGGUAAACGUGAGCAAAUCACCAUCAGCUGAUCAACAGAACUCUGACAACGAGUGUGAGUUCCGUUACAAAUUUUCUCCAACGAUUGAUGGCUUCACUUUCUUCACUGAGCGUGGGGAAAGAAAAAUCGACCUUGAGGAAAACUUAGCGUCUAUUCAUCUGAAAGAGAGCAUUACAGUGGCGGUUGACGAAAGUACUCGACAUUGUCGCGGGGUAUGCAGUGCUUUGUCGGGACACAAUGUGAUCAGUGAAAGCGAUCAAACCAGCAAGAACACGGCUUUUAAGAAUAAGCUCCGAAUUAGUUGCUCAAAGCAAUUGCAGAGUAUUACUAACGUUUCCCGCCGCUUGCUCUCUUGUCCUGCAGCAAAAAGUCAAGCGCGGAGUGAAAGUUUACCAGAUGCCCCACCAUCACAAAAGAUGUGGAAGAUGUGUAGAGAGGGGACCUCUGCAUUGAAACAUCAUUGUAGAGAGUUUGAAAGGGCGCUUAGUAAGACUGCUGAAAAGACGAAGCAAAGGAUUCAAAAGCGGAAGAGGGGGGAGAGAAGCUUGAAUGGGUUCCAAAGCACACCAAGGUCUUUCGAAAGUCGCCAAGCUGCUGCUCAACGUCUAAGGGAGUUAAUCCAGCAAAAACACUCUCUAAAUUUGAGCGACAGAUAUAGCUUCCAUGAUGAAGCACCUAUUGGAACCGGAAAAAUGAAUGAAGAAUCCAUUGUAUUUGAACCUCCAAUGUCUUGGCAAGAGACACUUGAAUUGGAGCAGGCGUUAUAUAGUUUGAGUAUGGCUAAACAGAGGGAUGCAGCCCUGGCUUCGAGAAAUUACGUCUCCGGAGAGGCUACUUCUUCGUCUACGGCUUCGCCAGACCAGUCCACAAGUACCAGCUCAAUUGAGAAGCUUAGCGUGCUUCUUGAUCAAUACUUGGAUCAACAGACAAACAAUUCCGAUCUCCCUUCUCUGCGAGAAAAGAAAACCGAAGGCAGUUCGUCAGAUCUCAGCUCCAUUGAGAAGUUUGGUGCAUUAUUCCGAGAUUACUUCGAUAAGCAGAAAACUAGUACUGUGCCCGGACCACAGAAGAAUGGGUGCAAAAUCAUUGUUGAAGAUUCAUCAUUCCAUACGCAUGUAAAGGAAGCAACGAAAAGCUUGUCCUAUUCUUCUGGAUUGACGGAAUGCAGUUCCGAAGAUAGCUCGAUUGACUGCUCAGCCAUUGUGGAACAUGAAAAUAAUGUCACUGAGCAAUUUGGAGCGUACCAAGCUGACUUUGAUCUCGACAGAAUACUGGAAGUCUCGAUGAUGAAUGGGGGAACCGUGUAA